CCCUGCUUAACUUCCCCUUCCCCUUCUCUUCUCCUGAACAUUUCCCCUAUCAAUCUAACAAGAAACUCAAGUAGCAACCACUAGACACCAAAUAAUCACAGCUCUUUCAGCUAAUCAACCAUGGCUACUGUGAACAACUGGUUGGGUUUCUCCCUCUCCCCGCAGGAGCUGCCGCCCUCCCUGACGACGGACUCCACCUUCAUCUCCGCCGCCGCCACCGGCGACGUCUCCGGAGACGUAUGCUUCAACAUCCCCCAAGAUUGGAGCAUGAGGGGAUCGGAGCUUUCGGCGCUCGUCGCCGAGCCGAAGCUGGAAGACUUCUUAGGAGGCAUCUCCUUCUCGGAGGAGCAUCACAAGCCUAGGUGCAACAUGAUCCCAAGCAGUAGCAGCACUUGCUACGCGAGCUCAGGCGGUAGCACUGGCUACCCGCUGUACCACCACCCCAGCUCCGCGAUCCAGUUCGCCGACUCCGUCAUGGUGGCUUCCUCGGCAGGCGUCCACGACGGCGGUGGCAUGCUGAGCGCUGUCACCGCCAAUGGUGGCUCCGGUAGCAAUGGCGGCAGCAUCGGGCUGUCCAUGAUCAAGAACUGGCUGCGGAACCAGCCGGCCCCACCGCAGCCGAGGGUGGAGGCGGCCGAGGGCGCGCAGGCGGCGCAGGGGCUCUCGCUGUCCAUGAACAUGGCGGUUACGCAAGGCGCCGGCAUGCCACUUUUAGCUGGAGAGCGAGGCCGGGCGCCCGAGAGCGUGUCCACGUCGGCGCAGGGAGGGACCAUGGCCGCUCGGAAGGACGACAGCGGUGGCAGUGGUGGUGCCGGCGCCCUAGUAGCGGUCAGUACGGAGACGGGUGGCAGCGGCGCGUCAGCGGAGGCGGCGGCGAGGAAGACGGUGGACACAUUCGGGCAGCGCACGUCCAUUUACCGCGGCGUGACCAGGCAUAGAUGGACGGGGAGGUAUGAGGCUCAUCUGUGGGACAACAGCUGCAGAAGGGAAGGCCAAACUCGCAAGGGUCGUCAAGUCUAUCUUGGUGGUUAUGACAAAGAGGAGAAAGCUGCUAGAGCUUAUGAUUUGGCUGCUCUUAAGUACUGGGGUGCCACGACGACAACAAACUUUCCAGUAAGUAACUACGAAAAGGAGCUGGAGGAGAUGAAGCACAUGACAAGGCAGGAGUUCGUAGCGUCUCUGAGAAGGAAGAGCAGUGGUUUUUCCAGAGGUGCAUCCAUUUACAGAGGAGUAACUAGGCAUCACCAACAUGGGAGAUGGCAAGCAAGGAUCGGACGAGUUGCAGGGAACAAGGAUCUCUAUUUGGGCACCUUCAGCACGCAGGAGGAGGCGGCGGAGGCGUACGACAUCGCGGCCAUCAAGUUCCGCGGCCUCAACGCCGUCACCAACUUCGACAUGAGCCGCUACGACGUCAAGAGCAUCCUCGAGAGCAGCGCGCUCCCCAUCGGCAGCGCCGCCAAGCGCCUCAAGGAGGCCGAGGCCGCGUCCGCGCAGCACGCCGCCGGCGUGGUGAGCUACGAUGUCGGCCGCAUCGCCUCGCAGCUCGGCGACGGCGGGGCCCUGGCGUACGGCGCGCAUUACCACGCCGCCGCGUGGCCGACCAUCGCUUUCCAGCAGGCGCACGCGGGCUCCGGCCUGUACCACCCGUACGCGCAGCCGCUGCGCGGGUGGUGCAAGCAGGAGCAGGACCACGCGGUGAUCGCGGCGGCGCACAACCUGCAGGAGCUCCACCACCUGAACCUGGGCGCCGGCGCCGGCGCCGGGGCGCACGACUUCUUCUCGGCAGGGCAGGCGGCGAUGCACGGCCUCGGCAGCAUCGACAACGCUUCGCUCGAGCACAGCACCGGCUCCAACUCCGUCGUGUACAACGGCGUAGGAGAGAGCAAUGGUGGUGGCGUCAGCGGCGGCUACAUGAUGCCGAUGAGCGCUGCGGCGGCAACUACCACGGCGGUGGUGAGCCAUGAGCAAGUGCAUGCACGGGCACACGGGGAUCACGACGAAGCGAAGCAGGCGCAAAUGGGGUACGAGAACUACCUGGUAAACGCAGAGGCCUACGGUGGUGGGAGGAUGGCUCCCUGGACGCCGGCUUCCGCCCCGCCGGUGGCUGCCGCAGCGAGCAGCAACGACAUGACCGGGGUUCCUCACGGCGCACAGCUCUUCAGUUUCUGGAACGACACUUAGGUUACGUGAACCGGGCUUCGCGGUAAAACAAUACUGACAUAAGUAACGCUUAGGGUUCCUUAAGUGACCAUUAAGUUGUUAUUAUUGUCUCGCUUAGUUUCUUUGUAGCUGGAAGGAGAGCUAGUAGCGUUUCUUCUGAAUGGAGGGUGAUGGUUUGUGAAGAGUGUCAUGGUGCUUUCUCCAUGUCUAGAUCUUCACUUGCUGCCAUUUUGGGGUUCAGGUUCAGAAGGAAGGAUACCAAAUAGUAGUAUUAACCAAGUUGUUAGGUUGGCAGAAAACUAGAAAAUGGAGCUGGCAAGCCUGCUUGUAAAUUGGGGCAAUGUGAUAGCUAGGGUGGAUGGCAUGACAUGAGGUGAAAACUAAUGGCAUCUUGUCAAGUAUUUCCAUUCAUAUGAUCAAAUUAAGCAGGGAA